GAUGGUUGCGAGACUGGCUCCGCGCUGGUGUCUGCGUGCGCUCCGAAGUCCUCUGCAGGUCAUUGGUUUCCCAUCACUUCAGUUGCACAUGAGUGGGAUAGCAAUGAGAGCCAGUCAGGAGGACUUUGAAAAUGCACUGAAUCAAGUAAAACUGUUGAAGAAGGAUCCAGGAAAUGAAGUGAAACUAAAACUCUAUGCACUGUAUAAGCAGGCCACUGAAGGACCUUGUAAUAUGCCCAAACCAGGUGUAUUUGACUUUAUUAAUAAGGCCAAAUGGGAUGCAUGGGAUGCUCUUGGCAAUCUGCCCAAGGAAACGGCCAGGCAGAACUAUGUAGAUUUGGUGUCCAGUUUGAGUUCUUCAUCUGAGUCUUCUAACCAAGUGCAGCCUGGAACAGACAGGAAACAACAGGAAUAUGAAAACCUGGUGGUGACCUCUGAAGAUGGCAUCACAAAGAUCACAUUGAACCGGCCCACCAAAAAGAAUGCAAUCAACACUCAGAUGUAUCAAGAAAUCAUACUUGCACUUAAAGCUGCAAGCAAUGAUGACUCAAUCUUAACUGUUGUAACAGGAAACGGUGACUAUUACUGUAGUGGGAAUGAUCUGACUAACUUCAUGGAUAUUCCCCCUGGUGGAGUAGAGGAGAAAGCUAAACAGAGUGCUGUUCUGCUGAGGGAUUUUGUAGGCAGUUUUAUAGAUUUUCCUAAGCCUCUGAUUGCAGUGGUAAAUGGUCCAGCUAUGGGGAUCUCCGUCACCAUCCUUGGGUUAUUCGAUGCUGUGUAUGCCUCCGACAGGGCAACAUUUCAUACCCCUUUUAGUCACCUAGGCCUAACUCCAGAAGGAUGUGCCUCUUACACUUUCCCGAAGAUAAUGGGCCCAGCUAAGGCAACAGAGAUGCUUAUUUUUGGAAAGAAGUUAACAGCAGGAGAAGCAUGUGCUCAAGGACUUGUUACUGAAGUUUUUCCUGAUAGUACUUUUCAGAAAGAAGUUUGGACCAGGCUGAAAGCAUAUUCAAAGCUCCCAAAAAAUGCCAUGAAAAUUUCAAAACAGGUCAUCAGAAAUAUGGAGAAAGAAAAGCUACAUGCUGUUAAUGCUGAAGAAAGUAGUGUCCUCCAGGAAAGAUGCCUUUCAGAUGAAUGCAUAAAUGCGGCCGUGAACUUCUUAUCUAAAAGGGCAAAACUGUGAUAGCAAAGCUAAGCAUUCCAAAGGCAGGAAUGUGCUAUGACUUUGAUUUCCAAUACUUGAACUAAAUGAACUUCACUGUGCCUUUUUUCAGUGAUGAAAUAUCAUUUAUGAUGAUUAUAUUUCACUAGAGCCCUAAUUAAAAUAAAGCAAAUUAUGUAAAACAAGCUUUAUAAUU